CCAGGAUGUCUUUGUGGAGUGCAAAGAUUGUGCGGCGACAACUGCAGGACGCUGACGGCAAUACCUGUCUGUCAAGAUUUUCCGAGGCGGACAAAGACCACAAAUCACUCGGUUGGUUCUGUCCGAGGGUGAUUCUUGCAGAGAUUUUCAAACGGGGAUGAUCAGUUUUUGGUGUGCCCUCCUUCCAGCAUUGGGAGGGUACGCUCUCACCUCGUUAUACCUGCUCAAGAACCCCCACGUUCUUCAUAAGAGGAAAUGCAUGGGCUUCUACUGUACACACAUCUCCCACAGAGGAGGAUGUGGAGAGCGUAUUGAAAGCACCAUGGAGGCCUUCACUCAUGCAGUUGCGCAGGGAACACAAAUGCUGGAGCUGGACUGUCACUUGACGCGCGACAGACUUGUGGUGGUGUCGCACGAUGAGAAUUUAUUGAGACAGACGGGCCAUGACGUCACCAUCUCUUCAGUCAACAUGCAGGAUUUACCCUUGUACAAGGAGAGGCUCAAAUUGACUUUCUAUUCAGGUCGCUACAGCAGUGGUUCUGACAGGAAGUUUACUUUGCUGGAGGAUGUGUUCAGAAAGUUCCCGGAGAUCCCAAUCAGCAUUGAAAUUAAAGAAAACAACAGCCGGCUGAUAGAAAAGGUUUCUGAGCUUGUCAAACAUUACCACAGGGAGGAGAUCACCGUCUGGGCGUCUGUAAGCUCAAGAAUCAUGAGGAAGUGCCGCAAAACGCGGCCUCCUGCCCUUCAUGCCGCUGGGAGAGAGCUUGCUGCAGUUCUACCUGCCGCGCAUCAUCAACAGGUGCUGACUAUUGGCAAGACGUCUUGGGUGAACCACAUUUGGAGCUGUACAUACAUAUACUUUUGCCCUGGGACUUCUAUAAUGUCAAGUUUUCUACGGUUCAAGCGUGCUGUCUGUCUUUGUGUGCAGGACGUUUAUUCCCGAAAAGAACAUUUUGAGGAACAGUUUCAUCGUCACUUUAAUGGAAAAAGUAACUAUGAGGAAGAGUCUCUUCAAACAUCUUGCAGCCCGUGGAAUUCAGGUGCAUUUGUUUGUGUGCAACACGGAUGAAGACAUAAGAGCGGCAUUCGAAGUGGGGGCGACGGGGGUGAUGAGUGACUACCCCUCGCUCUUAUCAAGCUAUCUCUUAAGGAACGCUCGAGAGGAGUGAAUGCUGCACAUCCGACUGCAAGACAUCAACAAAUGGCAGCUGCGUAAAGAGCGACAAAGACUGAAUGCAACGAGCUAAUAUUAAGGGUUAGAAAACUAUCCCAAAUUUAGAGAAUGACUCACUUAUGCAUGAUUGUAUACGAUUCAUCUCCAGUCACGCCAUAUCUUCCAGACACGACCCAGUAAUGUAAUAAUGUAAUUCCUACUAAUGUGACAUAACCAUUUAUUAUGAUCUGCUGUGAUUACUUUGUCAUUAUUUGAAGGAUUUAUCUUCAACAAUAAAGAGAUGAUUGUAUGUUUGAAUGUGAUAGCAUAAUUAGAACAGUAACCAAAAAAAAAAAAAAAAAAAAAAAAGAACGUGUACACUUUUCCAGUCCGUGGUCGAAGUCUGACUGCACUGCCGUGGUACUGAUCAAACAGUCUGUAGACAGAGAACAAAGGCUGCAUUUUUCUGGCUUGAUAGCUUUG